CUGUCCAAUGUUUUAAAGCCUCCUUCCUGAAACUGUUCAGACCAGACAAGGAAAAAGUGCAACAGGACUGAGUUUGUAUUCUGAAACCACUGGACUUUUCUGGGUGACUAUGACCCGACGGAGCAUGUCCUUUCUGCUGUUAAUUCUGUUUGGGAUUCAGGCUGCUGUUUUGGUUUCAGCUUAUCCCAGAGAGCAUCUGGUGCGACAAAAAAGACAGUGGGUGGUCCCUCCUAUACACCUGAACGAGAAUGAGGACCACACCCACAAGUUGUCUAUUGCCAAGAUCCGAUUGGACUUUGCAGGGUCGGAAAAAAUUACUUAUUCCUUAGAGGGCAUCGGAGCAAAUCAGUACCCUUUUCAUGUGUUUGUGGUUGACCCUCGUACUGGAGACGUCCGCGUGACCAAAAUCCUUGACAGGGAGGACAUCGCCCUAUACAAGCUUUCAGGUCUUGCUCAUUUUCAAGAUGGAAGUGAAGCAGAGGAACGUAUUGACCUGCGAAUUAAGGUCGUGGAUGUAAAUGACAAUCCUCCAGUAUUUCCUUCAACGAUGGAAGCUAAAGUGUAUGAACUCAGCCCUCUAGGAACUUCAGUUAUACAAAUCACUGCCACUGAUAGAGAUGAUCCUGAAACAGCCAACGCUAAGAUCGCCUACUCCAUCAUAGACCAGAAACCCCGCGAAGACUUUGGCAUUAGCAAGGACGGCAUGAUCUAUGUCAGCAAUCCUAACUUGGACAGAGAAGAAGAAGAUACAUACAUUCUAACAGUGACUGCUGCAGAUCUAUACGGUGAGCCAGGUGGACACAUUACAACAGGCACCGUCACUAUCAAAAUCCAAGAUGUCAAUGACAAUCCUCCAACUCUAGAAAAAUCUGAACAUGAGGGAACCAUUUUGGAGAACACACACAAUGUUGAGGUGAUGAGGCUCAAAGCAGAAGACCUGGACGAAGAGAACACAGACAACUGGGUUGUUGUUUAUGAAAUCGUCAAAGGGAACGAGGCCGGAUAUUUCAGCAUAAAAAAAGAUCCCAUAACCGGCGAAGGCAUCUUAAUGCUUGAUAAGGCUGUGGAUUUCGAGGAUGUAAAAACCCUGGACCUAGGGCUAGCGGUGCGCAACAAGGCCCCCCUAUUUGACGGAUCUAUUCCCAAUGGUGGAGCUAGUAUUGGUUUUGGAGGAGGUCCCAGUGGUGCCAGUGGUGCCUCUGGUGCCAGUGGUGCCUCUGGUGCCAGUGGUGCCACUGGUGCCAGCGGUGCCAGUGGCUCCAGCAGCUCCUCUGGAACCGGUGGAUCCAGUGGAAAUUUCCAAACCUAUCCAAUCAAAAUCAAUGUGAAGAACCAGCCAGGAGGACCACAUUUUGAUCCAGCAGUCAAAGCUAUUCCAGUCACAGAAGGAAGCGAGUCUGGUGCUAGUGGUGCCAGUGGUGCCUCUGGUGCCAGUGGUGCCUCUGGUGCCAGUGGUGCCUCUGCUGCCACUGGUGCCUAGGGUGCCAGUGGUGCC